UCAACAACAACUUUUAGAGGCCUGGGCCUGCAAACAAAAAAGGAAGUUAGAAUUUACAGCAUGGAAGAUGAAAGCCUCAUGCCUAUCAUAGACCAACCCGAACUAGAAUUCUCUGUCAUUCUUUAAAACUCUUAUAUCACUCACCUCCAUUGGUCAGUAGCCACAAGCUGAAGUGAGGAGGGAAAUGGCAGUUCAGCAAUCUCUUGAACUCGAAGAAGCUUCAUGCCAAGACGAUGGACGUCUAAGGACCGGUACUCAAUGGACUUGUGUUGCGCACAUAAUCACUGCCGUCAUCGGAUCUGGCGUGCUCUCUCUGGCGUGGAGUAUGGCGCAGCUUGGCUGGAUUGCUGGGCCUAUUUCUAUGCUUUGCUUCGCAGUUGUCACCUAUGUCUCAGCCUUCCUUCUAUCAGACUGCUACAGGUCUCCUCAUCCGGUGACCGGAACAAGAAACUACUCUUAUAUGGAUGCUGUCAGAGUUAACUUAGGUGAAAAGAGAACAUGGGUAUGUGGCUUUCUUCAGUAUCUAAGCAUGUAUGGGACUGGUGUUGCGUAUACUAUCACCACUGCAAUUAGUAUGAGGGCAAUUCAGAAAUCCGACUGCUACCAUGAAGAAGGGCAUGAUGCCCAGUGCUCGUAUGCAACUACUUUGUUCAUGCUGUUGUUUGGAGCUGUGCAAAUAGUGUUGUCUCAGAUACCUGAUUUCCACAACAUGGAGUGGCUUUCCGUUGUAGCGGCGGUCAUGUCCUUUUGCUACUCUCUCAUUGGAUUUGCUCUUGGCAUUGCCAAAGUGAUAGCGAAUGGAACGAUAAAAGGAGGACUGGGAGGUGUUCCUGGUGGGUCAAAAUCUCAGAAAGUGUGGCUGGUUUCUCAAGGAUUGGGAGACAUAGCAUUUGCCUAUCCAUACUCAUUAAUUCUACUAGAGAUACAGGACACCCUGAAAUCACCACCAGCUGAGAACAAGACUAUGAAGAAAGCGUCAAUGAUCUCCAUUUUUAUGACCACAUUCUUCUACCUCUGCUGUGGCUGCUUUGGCUAUGCUGCAUUUGGUGAUAACACACCUGGGAACAUUCUUACUGGAUUUGGUUUCUACGAACCUUACUGGCUUGUUGAUUUCGCCAAUGCUUGCAUUGUUCUUCACAUAGUGGGAGGAUAUCAGAUGUACAGCCAGCCAGUAUUCGCGUUUGUGGACAGAUCCUUUGCAGAAAAGUUCCCCAACACCCGCUUCGUGAACGAUUUCUACACUGUUCAAAUCCCUUGCUUGCCAUCAUGCAGAUUGAAUCUCUUCAGGUUGAGUUUUAGAACGUUGUAUGUGGUAUCGACAACGGGGAUAGCGAUGCUCUUCCCCUAUUUUAAUCAGGUGCUGGGAGUUCUUGGCGCAAUGAACUUCUGGCCUCUGGCUAUUUAUUUCCCUGUGGAGAUGUAUUUUGUGCAGAGGAAGAUCGGCGCAUGGACCAGGAAAUGGAUCGUGCUUCGGGGUUUUAGUUUCGGAUGCUUGCUUGUGAGCGUGUUCGCUUUGAUCGGAUCACUUGAAGGACUUUUCACUCAGAAGUUGAGCUAAUGCCUAGUGUCAUGUUUUUGGUGGGCAUAUUUGAGAAGAGCAGAUGAGCUCUUAAAAUUGUGUGUAAAGUCUGAAUAAAAUUUUAUGGGCUAAAUAUCCAUAUUGGUAUUUUAAUUCCA